AUGUCUACUACUGAACCACAACAAGCACCCGCUCCCAACGUCGACACUCAAGACGAAAUUACUCCCUACAAUGAAGGUAAUAACCAGGGACAAUCGACAGCUCAAAAUCCAAACAAGGAUGUAUACGGGCCACACUGGGGAGAAGUUCGAUCCGAUGGAGACUACAUCUACUUUGGUAAUGAGAGAUAUUUGCGUUCCGAUUUGGCCCAGGCUUUCGGUGGUAUGAUGAACCCAGGUUUGGCUCCACCACAAAAGCCUGAAUAUGCUAACCCAGCUCCAUUGGGGUUGAGUGGGUUUGCUUUAACUACUUUUGUCCUUAGUUUGAUCAAUUGUGGUGCUAGAGGUGUCCACAUUCCAAACAUUCUUGUUGGUUUGGCUUAUUUCUAUGGUGGUGCUGCUCAAUUACUUGCUGGAUUUUUUGAACUUGUGUUGGGAAACACCUUUGGUGGUGUUGCUUUGUGUUCCUACGGGGGAUUCUGGAUGUCUUGGGCUUCGAUUCAAGUGCCUGCAUUUGGUAUUGUUGCUGCUUACGAAGGACAUGAUCAAGAGCUUGCGUUUGCCGUUGGUCUUUUCCUUCUUGCUUGGGCUAUUUUUACGUUUUUCAUGAUGAUUAUGACACUUAAGUCUACUUUGGCAUUCUUUUCUAUAUUCUUUUUUUUGACAUUGGCGUUCUUGUUGUUGGGUAUUGGAGAAAUUGCUGGCAAAACUGGUGUUACUAAAGCUGGUGGUGUCUUUGGAUUGUUGAGUGCUUUUGCUGCUUGGUACAAUGCUUAUGCCGGUAUUGCUAACCCACAAAACAGUUAUCUUGUUGUCAAAGCCCUUCCUUUGCCAGAUUUGGAAGACCGUUGGAGAGGAAGAAAAGAAAAGAAGACUGAAGCUUAA